GGCCCCUGCACACUUCCUGUGUGGGGUUCUAACUCGCCUCCCCUCCCAGCCUUGGGUGCCUGCUUCAGAAAAUGAAGUACUAAGCCACCAGGCUCCACCCUCUUAGGCAGAAUUCAGUGUCCAUCCGGUGAGAGAACGAUGCCAUCGGGAAGCCUCUGGAGAGUUCUGGGACUCUGUCUCCUGUCAGUUGGCGCUUGGGGGCAGGAAGACAAUGAAGACCCUUCAGAGCCAUCUCCACAGACAUCUGCCUCCGCACGGUACAAAGUCUCCAUUUCUGGAACCACGGUGGUGCUGACAUGCCCUGAGGAUUUGGGAAGUGAAUCAAUAAAAUGGGAAAAAAAUGGUGGCCUCUUGCCCAAUGAAUAUGGAGAACAGCUAUUUCUGGAUGAUUUUUCAGAAAUGGAAAACAGUGGUUAUUAUGCCUGCUAUACAAGCAACUCACUAGAGAAGAACUAUCUCUACCUGAAAGCAAGAGUGUGUCAGAACUGCGUGGAGGUGAAUACGAUGGCAGUGGUCGCAAUCGUCACGGCUGAUGUCUGUAUCACUCUGGGGUUGCUGCUGCUGGUAUAUUAUUGGAGCAAGAAUAAAAAGGCCAGUUCCGUGACCAUGAUGCGAGGACCAGGUGCAGGCGGCAGGCCCAGGGGCCCCUGGAUGGUCAUUUGCAUCUGCGUGAAUGUGCUAGGCUCCCUGUAA